AUGAAGCGGUCGUCUUCUGACGCCGAUUUGGACUACCCUCGGCGAGAUGACCGCCGUUCGUCUGCCGUUUCUGAUGGACAGACUUCUUUGCCGAGAGUAUCCAAAGCCCGUGCCUGUGCGGAUUGCAAACGUCACAAGAUACGAUGCGAGUUCAAACCGGGUGAGACUAGUUGUACCAAGUGCCUGCGUAGCGGCAUUAAAUGCGUGGUCAAUGACUUCUCGCAGAAAUUUGUUGAAGACGAUGGAAUAUGGAAAAAUCAAGCGACAGCCACUAUCAACCAGCUCCAGGCAGCUAUCUCGCAUCUGCUUCGUCAAGCAGGGCUGCAAGAUCUCUCGGCGUUCCCAUCGGGAGAUAUCCAAAAUGGCCCCAGCCCUGUUGCAUCACAACAUCCACCUAUCUUCAGUGAAUCGCAGUCAGUGCAAAACCAUUCUGAACACAAUGGCCACAAUGGACCAGGGACUGUGAUGGAUGUAGGCCGGGAGGCCUCUCAAGAGCCGGACCUACAAGGCCCGGAGCUGGUACCGGCUCCCAUGCGCAGCCUCUACGAAGUUACCAAGCUGCGUAAUUUCCGGAAUAACCCUAUAGAACAACCAAAACAGACCCUCCUGGAGGAGGAUUUUGUAUCUCGGGGGUUGAUCUCUGUCCACGAGGCGGAGGAGCUCUUUGCCUAUUUUAGCCGGACAAUGAAUCAACUCUUAUGGGGAGGCAUCAUCUUAGUCCAUCGGGAUCUUACGUCCGUCCGGCGUGCGUCAACCUUGCUCUCCGCGGCGGUUCUAACUGUUGCGGCGUUGCAUAUUCCUAACCGUACGGAAACACUGAACCGCUGUUACAGCGAAUAUGUCUCACUGGUGUCGAGCAUGUCCUUGACGAGAGCUCACACCCUCGAUGAUAUCCGGGGCCUCUGUGUUGGAGCUUUUUGGUUGUCGGAGCUGAGUUGGAAACUUUCUGGUCAUGCUGUUCGAAUUGCAACGGAACUGGGCCUUCACCAGAGCCAUCAAAAAAUGAUGCGUGGCCAUAGUGACCAAUACGAACGUGCACAGCUCUGGUACCUGCUCUACGUCUGCGAUCACCAUUUCAGUAUCGCGUAUGGGCGGCCACCCGUGAUUCACGAAGACUCCGCCAUCAAAAAUUACGAAGCGUUCCUGCAGUCUCCGAUGGUGGUCCCCGGUGACAUAAGGCUUAUGGCCCAGGUGGCCUUGUUCAUGAUCCUGACGGAGGCCUACCGCAUGUUUGGGAGCGACACGGAACAGGCGCUGACCGAAGAGGAUUUCGGUCAGUUAAGAGUCUACAACGUGGCCAUUGAUCAAUGGCGACUUCUCUGGCAACCCCGAUCUGCCGACAGUCCUUACGUGCGGACAUACCCUUCCAAAGGAGUCGUGCUGCACUACCAUUUUGCCAAGUUUCAGCUGAAUUCUCUCUCGCUCCGGGCGUUGUCGCCGUCCAACACCCCCGUUUUCUCCAUGGACCGCAAGGAAUCCGCUAACAUUGCCAUCUCGUCUGCCAUGGCGUGCUUGAACAUGGUACUGGAGGAGCAGGACAUCCGGGAUGCCAUUGUCGGUGUUCCAAUUUUCACGCAUACAAUGGUGACUUUUUCGGCGGUCUUUCUGCUGAAGGUGGCGGUGAACUGGAACUCGGCCUACUUGAGCCUCGAUGGCCGCCAGGUGCGGCUUCUGGUGGAACGGGUGAUUGAGCUGUUGAACUGUGUCUCCGCCGGCGAGAGACACCUGACCCGACACAUUGCGCGGGGACUUGGUAACAUGCUCGAACGGUUUGAUUCCUGGGAGACCUCGUGGCAAGCCGGGAAUACGGCCGUCGUCGAGCGACCGGGGAACGAUGUGCCUGGCGGAGCCAACGCAAUGGCACAGGGAUUCCCACCGCCCGAUUUGAUCUACGACAUGGUGGGGACGUACGGAUUUGGAUUGGAUGAGAAUUUGCUAGAUCCCAGCAUGGCGAAUUUUGAGUUUCUGGCGCAAUGA